AUGCCAAGUNCCUUGUUAGCAGUCGAUUAUCCGGCGAACAAGUUGGCUUGCUAUGUCUCCGACGAUAGUGGUUCGCCUCUCACCUUCUACUCUCUCGUGGAAGCAUCCAAGUUUGCUAAGCUUUGGGUUCCUUUUUGUAAGAAACAUAACAUUCAUGUUAGAGCUCCCUUCCGAUACUUCACUGGCAAGCCCUUAUCUUCCAAAGAUAGCUCAUUUCAAGAAGAAUGGAAAAAUAUAAAGGUUGAAUAUGAACAGCUUUGCCAAAAGAUUGAAGACGCAACUCAAAGAUCAGAGGCAUGGGAUUUUGCCGGCGAAUUUGCAGCUUUUUCAAAUAAUGAGAACAACAAUCAUCCAACUAUAAUAAAGGUUCUAUGGGACAAGGAAGGUGUACGGAAUGGUUUCACUCGUCUGGUCUACAUCUCCCGAGAGAAGGGGCCAAAGCAUCCACAUCAUUUCAAGGCUGGUGCAAUGAAUGUUUUGGUUCUAUGGGACAAGGAAGGUGUACGGAAUGGUUUCACUCGUCUGGUCUACAUCUCCCGAGAGAAGGGGCCAAAGCAUCCACAUCAUUUCAAGGCUGGUGCAAUGAAUGUUUUGACGAGAGUAUCCGGAGUGAUGACAAAUGCUCCAUUCAUGCUGAACGUAGACUGUGAUAUGUAUGCCAACAAUCCACAAAUUGUUCUUCAUGCAAUGUGUCUGCUGCUUGGUUUCAAGGACGAAAGAGACUGUGCCUUUGUUCAAUCUCCACAACACUUCCAUGAUGGACUCAAGGAUGAUCCAUUUGGAAAUCAGAUGGUGGUUUUGCAAGAAUAUAUGGUGCAUGGAAUCACGGGGAUUCAAGGGCCAUUCUAUGAAGGAACAGGAUGUUUUCACAGAAGAAAAGUUAUAUAUGGUUUAUCACCGGAUGAUAAAGUAGCUAGCGGGGAAUUGAGUGAUGAGAAGUUGCAGAAAACAUUUGGAAAGUCAAUGGAGUUCUCCAAAUCAGCAGCUCAGAUUAUCUGUGGAUCAAACAUAAAGACAGAGAGAGCAGCUGGUUUAUCAAGUUCUACUGAGGCAGCAUAUCAAGUUGCAGGCUGUGGAUAUGAAUAUGGCAGCGGGUGGGGUGAAAAGGUUGGUUGGAUGUAUGGAUCUGCAGUAGAAGACUUGCUAACUGGGCUUACUAUCCAUACGAGGGAUUGGAGAUCCGUCUAUUUAACGCCCGAUCCAACUGCUUUUCUUGGGAGUGUACCCUCUAGUGGGCCAGUCUCAUUGAUCCAACAGAAGAGGUGGUCCACUGGGCUUCUUGAUAUUCUCUUUGGCCCAAAAAGCCCGAUAAUUGCUACAUUCAAAGGUGAGCUCCAGUUCAGGCAGUGUCUGGCCUAUAUAUGGAUUCUCAUAUGGGCUCUACGAUCCAUUCCAGAGCUUUGUUACGCUGCUUUGCCGGCUUAUUGUAUUAUCUCCAACUCACAAUUCUUGCCCAAGGUCCACGAAAAAGCAAUACUCAUUCCUAUUACCAUCUUUGUCAUCUUCAACUUAUACUCUCUAUCAGAGUACCUACGAAUAAACUUGUCAGCCCGUGCAUGGUGGAACAACCAUAGAAUGUUGAGAGUCAUAACCAUGACAGCAUGGUUUUUCGGAUUCGUCGAUGUUAUACUCAAGUUUGUAGGAUUAUCCAAGACUACCUUUGAAGUUACAAAGAAAGAUCAAACAGCUACCACUGCUGACAAUAAUGAUGAGGCCGGAAGGUUCACAUUUGAUGAGUCCCCAAUUUUUGUGCCCGGCAUCGCCAUUUUGCUGGUGAACUUGGCGGCGUUGGUCAUCGGACUGUUUGGUUUCCGGCCAGUGGCUCGUGGUGAAAAUGGGUUUGGGAUAGGGGAGGUCAUAUGCAGUGUGUGGGUGGUGCUAUGCUUUUGGUCAUUUUUUAGAGGAUUGUUUGGGAGAGGAAAGUAUGGAAUUCCAUCAUCUGUUAUCUUUAAGUCAGGGGCUCUAGCACUUGUCUUCUUUCAUUUCUGCAAAUGAACCUAAUUGGCUUUGAGACUUUGGUCAUAAAAUUAGACGUUGUACACCUGAAAUAUUGACUUCAUUGGUUGCCUAAAAGUAGUGAAGCAAUUUUUAAUUUCUGUAGCAUGUGGGGAUUGUGAUAGAAAUGAUGAAGUUUUGAUAGGAC